ACGAGUGGUCGCGCGUAAUCGUGAUGAAUUUCGGGUACGCGUCAGGGUGAAAGUGUACCGUAUGCGCUAAUGAUCUGAGAGAUUCUCACAGAAGUAAUUUUUUUCGUGCAAAAUAUGUCACGGCUCUUUGAGGCCUAAUGACGGGAAGAUAUUUCGGCGAGUCAUCGUGCGUAUUAUAAGGCAGAAUUAAUCUGAGGAGUUUAACGUUACCCUCUAACCGCCAAAAUUGUUAGAUGGAAACGCCAUCUUGUGCAUUGAUGUUUAUAUUUUCACACGACAAGUAACGCGCAUUGUUGACUUCUGAUAUACAUUUUGAUGGGUUAGAUGUGGUAUGCCAAUUGACAUGCCUCACUGAUAAUGAGACUGAUAAUUUCAUCGUAUUACCUCAUGUUAAACAUAAUAUUUUACUGUCAAAGAAAAAUAUUUCAUUGAUAAGUACUAAAAAAAUAUAAUCAUGUUUUAUGCACACUUUGUAUUGGCCAAAAAAGGGCCUUUGGCCCGUAUAUGGUUGGCUGCUCAUUGGGACAAGAAACUGACAAAGGCACAUGUGUUUGAGACCAACAUAGAAAAAUCAGUGGAUGGUAUAUUACAACCAAAGGUUAAGAUGGCUCUAAGAACAUCUGGUCACUUGUUAUUGGGGGUAGUACGAAUCUAUUCAAGAAAAGCCAAAUAUUUACUGGCUGACUGCAAUGAAGCUUUCGUUAAGAUCAAAAUGGCCUUUCGGCCUGGAAUGGUAGAUCUGCCUGAAGAGCAUAGAGAGGCAGCAGUAACAGCUAUUACUUUGCCAGAAGUGUUUCAUGAUUUUGAUACUGCUAUGCCUGAACUUAAAGAUGUUGAUAUUGAAGCUCAGUUUAGUUUAAAUCAAUCUAGAGCGGAGGAAAUAACAAUGAGGGAAGAUUAUGGUAGUUUAUCUUUGGUUACACAUGAUCAGGGUUUUGGUGAUAUGAGUUUUGAUGCAGAACCACCAGAAUUAUUGCGACAUGGCAGUGGUAUAGAACCUUCAUUAGAUCAGAGUCACAUGUUAUUUAGUGAUGGCCCAGGAAUAGAGACAACAUUAGAACAAAAAGAAAAAGAACCAGUUGCAGGCACAUCCGCUACAGCACAACCUAUGGACAUAGAUACACCUAUCAGAGAUGAUGGUUUUGGUGGUCAUCUUGGCCAAGAUAUCAUAUCGGGAGGUCUCUUUGAAGGUGGUUUAUUUGAUGAAGCUCCAAUGGGUGAAGUACCUGUGCCUGAAGUAAGUUCGAUAAACGAGCAGCAGGAAGCAGGUGUGGCUCCUGGAACUGCUGCUUCUGUGCAUGAUGAAUCUGAUGAAGAUAUGGGUGAUCAUUUUGGUGGCCCAGCUUCUCCAAUGGGAGGCAUGAGUUCGGAUGGCUCUAGACCAGCUACACCAGCAGCAACUGGAGAAGAAAUUGAAGGGAGAAUAAGCGUUGCCAGUCGACGCUUUACACCAGCUCCACCAAUUAUACCAGAAGAACAUGCUAUUGAUAACAUAGAAGAACCGCCACCUUUACAAGAUCAAACAACAUUAUUACACGAUGAAGAAGAAAGCUUCGCACUGGCUCCAAUUGAUGCAUCCGCUUUGAAGGGCUUCACGAAAGCUAAACGCAAGCGUAAACUCAUUGUUGAUGAAGUAAAAAAUAUUUCUGGCGAAGAAAUGAAAGCACAACUGUCCGAUACUACCGACAUUAUUACGACAUUGGAUUUGGCACCACCUACGAAAAGAUUAAUGCACUGGAAGGAAACAGGUGGCGUAGAGAAGCUUUUUGCUCUACCAGGAAGGCCUAUCCCGGCUCGUGUUUUAUUUAAAAACUAUCAAAGACAUUUAACCAGCAAGUCUUAUGAUCAUGAAGACUUUGGACGAUUUGGGACUGAAGAAGAUGGAAUGUCUCUGGAACAAAUGAGAGAUGCUCCAGAAGUAGAAGCAUCUUUUGAACAAAGUAUCCUUAAUAAACGUACAGGGCGGAAACGUAAAGCACCGCAAGAUGAUGAGAUAAAGCAACCUCCUCAACCGGCUCAGCCAACACCAGACAUCAGUCAACCAUCGAUGAACGAAGCAGUAGAAAUUCCAAAUAUAAUUGCACAACAUAAUCUUUCUUCAGAAUCGGCUGUACCACCCGAAGUAUCCUUACCAGCAGAACCAUCGGUUUCCGAUAUAAGUAGCAUUGUGCCUUCUGGAGAAGCAUCAGAGAUUGUACCACCAAUUACUGAAACACCAUUGCUCGGCUCAGAAAUACCACAAAUCGCUCCAGCUGAAGUCAGCUCAAUACUUGGUACACAUGAAGAAGCUCAAAUACCAUCGACAUCGACGCAGGAAGAAGCCGCUACUACUGUACAAACGUCUGACAUGCCACAGAUGGAAAACAUGGGUUAUGAUCAAGCACAACCGCAGGUUUCAUACAUGGGCUAUGACGAACAACAUCCCCCAGCACAUACACCUGGUGCGAUUUCCGAAAGAGGGCCCGCUACACCGUGGAACCAUGAGGAUUAUGAGUUUCCGCCAUCCGUGGGACCUCAAGAGGAACAACAAAUGGAUGAAACUUAUGAACAAUUUGAGGAACGCGUUCUUAAUAAAAGGGCAGCGCAUAUGUAUCAUGUUAUUAAGAGCAAACUAGAUACCAAAGAUAAAUUAACAUUAUCAGAGAUGGCAUUCAAGAAUAAUCGCAAACAAGUUGCACAAAAGUUUUAUACAUUGUUAGUUCUGAAAAAAUUCCAAGUAUUAGAACUCAAUCAAGAAUAUUCAUAUGCUGAGAUUAUAGUCACAAAAGGACCAAAAUUCGAAAAUCCUGCUCUAUAAAGGUAUAUGCUCUUAUUUAAAAAAAUUUGAGUAUUAAUGAAGAAAGGAUAAUUUUUUACCCAAAAUAUCAAAAUAUUUCCAUUUUUCCAUAAAUAAAUCUUAAAUUAAUGGAUUCGUUAAUUUUAAACAUUGAAUAAUUGGUGAAAAAUGUAGAAAUAUCUUAUUAUUUCUUUUCCCUGUUUUGGAAAGAUGCAUAAUGAAUGCCACUUCUUGUAAUCAUAUUAAUUGCAUUGCAUUUUUUUUACAUAUACAUAUAUACUGUAUUGAUGCUUUUUAUUUAAAUUCUUGUUAAAUUUUUAUUCAUUUAGAAAUUAUAUCUUGCAUUAUUCAUCGAUCCGAACAGGGUUUGUAUAUAAACAUAAUAAAUAAUUAGAAAAUAUUUUACAUAUA